CCGCUGCUGCGCACGCCGACGCUGGUGCUGGGCGACUUCCUGGCGCGGGCGCUGACGCGGGCGUCCGGGGGCGGCAGGUUCCGCAUCCUCGAGGUGGGCGCCGGCACGGGCGGCACCACGCGCCACAUUGUCGGCCGGCUGCGCAGCCUGGGCAUCCCGUUCGAGUACACCUUCUCGGACCUGUCCGCGUCGCUGGUGGGCGCGGCCCGGCGGCAGUUCAGGGACCGGGGGGCCGACAACGGGACCAUGGUCUUCCGCGUGCUGGACGUCGAGCAGCCGCCGGCGCCCGAGGACACGGCGGCGUACCACGUCGUGCUGGCCACCAACUGCAUCCACGCGACGCGCAACCUGGCCGUGUCGCUGCGGAACCUGCGGCGCAUGCUGCGCGACGACGGCGCGCUGGCGCUGAUCGAGAUCACGCAGAACAUGUUCUGGCUCGACGUGGUCGUCGGACUGCUGGAGGGCUGGUGGCUCUUCGAGGACGGCCGCGAGCACGCGCUGGUCGACGAGAGGCACUGGGCGCGCGUCAUGAAGGCCGCCGGCUUCGCGGCCGUCGAGUGGAGCGACGGCGAGUCGCCCGAGUCCAAGACGGUCAGGGUCAUUGGCGCGUUUCCGACCGCCGCGGAAGCGACGAGCAACAGCAGCGACGCAGUGACCACGUCCACCCAUGGUGGCGGCAUGGUGGUUGGCAGCACCUCACGGACGGAGAAACCUACGAGCAGCGACAAGGCCGUGGUGGAGACGGUCGUGUACACGACGGUGGGCGGCCAGGACAUCCACGCCGAUGUGUACUGGCCCGUGGGCCCC